CGUGAGCUGUCUUCAUAUACCCUGACAGUAUCCGAGUGUCGAUGUGAAAAUUUUGUGCAGAAUACAAAAUGACAGAGCCACGUGGUAUUUUGAGAGUUUAUUUCUUGUUGGUGACAACGGCGCUUGCUCGAGGUGAAAGACAAAGUAGUGAAGAAGAUAUAGUUCAGUUUUGGAACACAAGUGAACUUAUAUGGACUGCUCUUACCACAUCCUCGGAGGCACAUCUAUGCAAGGCUGACCUAAAAGUGAAUAUUAGUCAACACAACAUUAUCUUCUACCGGACAAAAGUAAAAUACGCAAGGUGGCGCAAAAUAAAAUAUAAUGGAACAUUUCGUCACUUUUAUCAGAAACCAAGCACCCCAUAUGACUCUGUGCGCAUCCAAUCAAGGUAUCCACGUGGCAAGGCAAGGGAGGUAUUGCAUUACCAAAGUAAAAACAACACAUGUGCAGUGGUCUGGACAAUAACUUCUAAAGGAUAUCAGCUGACACCGGCCUAUGACCUUCGAAUAAAAAGUUCUUACAUUCAAAAAGAACAUUUUAAUAGUAGUGAAUGUUGGAAACCAUUCCAGAACGUCACUCGACGCAGAAGAGUACGUCGAACGUAUUACCGAAACUGCCAUGACCUUCCCGACAUCAGACUGAUGAUGAGCUCUGUUUCAUGAAAAGGCGUAAAUAAA